AAUGGCAAUCUUACACAAACGACUAUCCUGAACCCCACAACCAGUUCUGUGAGAUAUCGAUACUACAAAUGAAUAUGAGCCUCUAGAAUGGGUUGAAACUAGUCGAGCUCCUCAUCAAACAGUACCAGUCUAUGUUAUAGAGCGUUGUUGUAAUUUGAUUUUAAUUUGUGGCCGUACAAAAUGGACGUCGAGUUUUUUAGAUACCAAUUCGAAGAUGGUUACUAUGGAGUCAUUACGAAAACUGGCUUCAAGAUCGGAGUCCGGCACAUACAGAUGAUGUACAUGCUGGCGAGCGCCAUCAGCAUGGGGUUCAUUAGGGGGUCCAUGGGGGUCGCUGUGCUGGCAAUCAUAGACCCCACGAGAAGAGAUGAUACUUACAUAAAGAUCCACAACUGGGACGGGAAAAUUCAAGGUUCAGUUCUAUCAUCCUUCUUCUUUGGAUACGCGUUGAUGGUGCUGCCAUCUGAACUGUUCCUGAGGAGAUUUGGUGGGAAACUGCAGACCACUGUCAUCCUUUUGAUCAACGGUGCACUGUGUGUCGCGAUGCCUACUAUUAUUAACAAGGGUGGUUGGGUAGCCGCGUGCAACGCCAUGCUGUUCAUGGGGAUGGCCCACGCCUGCUUCCACACAGUCAACCGCUCUCUGUUCGAGCAGUGGAUGCCGCCCAAUGAGAGGAAAAUCUUCAGUUGUUUAAUAUAUGGAGGUGUCCAGAUAGGAAUAAUCACAGCUUUCCCAGUAUCUGGCCUGCUGUCAUCAGCACCGCUCGGUUGGGAGCUGGUGUACUACUCCCUGGCGAUGCUGGCUCUAUCCAUGGCCAUCAUAUCUGGUACCCUGACGGCCAGCUCGCCUGGAGACCACCAGGCUGUUGGAGACGCUGAGAAGGAGUUCAUCAAGAGUACUCUGAUUAAUUAUAAGAAGAAAGAAGUAAACCGUCCAUGGAGAGAGAUUCUGAAAUCAAUGAGAUUCUGGGCGGUGGCCGGCGCACACGCAUCUAGUAACGCAAUCUUUGUGUUCUUAAUCGUGCAUACACCUUCUUAUUUGAUGACAUAUGGAUUAUCUUUGGAAAACAGUGCAUGGUACUCGAUGUUCCCGUUCAUCGCGAUGGCUGUCACGUACACAGUGAUGAGUCCGUUCAUCGACUGGGUCUACACGAUCCGGUACAUCCACUACAUCUUCAGUGCCGGCUUCUACAGGAAACUUAUCAAUGGUUUAGGUGCGUUUGGUAUCGUGAUGGGAUUGACAGUGCUGCCGAACUUCCCGCGCGAGUGGUCCUGCGCGGCGCUGCUCGUGGUUACAGCAAUAUUGGCGUUGCUCGGCUUCCAGUUCUGUGGCUUUUUGAGUACUUACAAGGACAUGUCGGAGAACUACUGCGGCACGCUGAUGACCAUCUCCUGCACUGUCAGCAGCGCGGUGGGGGCGGCCGUGCCCUUCGUGGCUGGACUCAUACUUGGGGAUGAUAUGUCGCGCGUGGAAGGCUGGCGAGUGAUAAUGCUGAGCCUGGCGAGCCUGCACAUGCUGAGCGCCGUUGUUUACACGACGUGCGCGAGCCACGAGCGACAGCCCUGGGACCACAUCAAUCACCACGAUAAGCACCGGCUGGGACACUACAAUGGAGUUAUUGACCACCACCAAGUUCCGAUGGAGGAGUACGGCCACGUGAACCUUGGACUGCAGAGACACGAGCUCGACACCGCCUUGUGACAGUUUACUGACGUCAAGUGGACUGUUGUGAUACUCACUCAUUUUAUACCUGACUAUUAUACUAUGAACAUAU